AUCCUUUGCGGUACAGCUGUAUCACAUAUUUGAUUAUAGAAGCAACGUUAGUUCGGGGAGGGGGGGCUAAUUCGUACCGAAUUCAGAGAUACUGGGCUACUUUAGCGAGAUGAUGUGCGACAACGCUAACAGGAGUUUUCGGACCCAGCUGGCCGUGAUCCUGGACAAGCUAACAAAGGCGGCUUUGGCCGAGAUCAGCAGCCUGGCUGACGAAUGCUCCUCCGUCCUUCACACUGAGAUAUCUCUGCAUAAAACGGAGAACGAGGCGCUGAAGAAGAGGUGCUACUCUCUGGAGGUCCAACUGAGAGCAGCCAGAGAGGGGCAGACCUACCCUGUACAUGUCAACAGCAAUGUCAGGCAACUUUCAGAUCAGCACCAUUCUGCUCCCGCCAUCGAAGGAGUAUUUGGGAAAGAUUGGUGCAUGGACCUGUGGAGAGAAGACAAGCUUCAGCCUCAGAGAAGACAGCCAAUGGAGGCAGCUAUGACAAACCUAGGAGCAGAGGCAGCUGACAUGAUGGCGAGGGACCCUGAUCUUAUUUUCGUGAAAGAAGAGACAUAUGACGAUCACCCGAUUGGUCAACAGAUGAGUCAUAUAGACAACAGAAAAAUUGUUGGGAUGUUUGAAGAUGACAACAUGCUUCACAGAUCAGUUGAUAACCUGCAGCCUCACUCGGGGGAUUUGAAUAAUUUCCCCAUGAUGCCAGAGGGACAAAUGCUACAGCGCUCACAGCCCACCAUUGCGGACAGAUUAAUAGAGGAUGCAGCAAUGAGCAGGCUCGUGGAAAGCACAAAUCCUCCCUCAGUGUCUGUGGAACCACCAGAUUACAGCAAUUGUCUCCAAACGAACACAACCAAAGAGCUCACCUUUCCAUCCAAACCUGUUAAGCCAACAAAGCGGUUUGACUGUUUAUUCUGUGGAAAAGUCUUUAACUAUUUAAGCAGCUUAAAAGUCCAUAUUAGACGGCAUUCCGGUGAAAAGCCUUUCAGUUGCUCGGUUUGCGGGAAACGAUUUGCUCAAAAAACAUACCUUAAACUUCACCAAAGGGUGCACUCUGGUGAAAAACCUUACAGCUGUCCAGACUGUGGCAAAAGUUUUUCCCAGAAAAGCUCUUUGAAUAUUCAUCUCCGAACUCACACGGGGGAAAAGCCUUAUAGCUGUGUAGGAUGUGGCAAAUGUUAUGCUUAUAAGUAUGGGCUAAAUCAUCAUCAGUGUUUGAACUGGAUGGUUAAACCAGAGGUGUUUGAUACAGGCCCUCUAAGUAACGCUCAGAGUGACUCGACAUGCAACAGUAUAUCUUUAUUAACACCCACCAUGGAGGAUAAAUACUGAUUUAAACGAAUACAUUAAAGCUCAAAACAUGGCUAAAAGUGGCUUUGGUCACAAUAGACUACACCAACAGUGGUUAAACACAAUUAACCAAUUAGGUUAUUGUGACAGGCCUGAGUUUGACUCAUGAGCCUGUAAAAAAAAAAAAAAAAAACGAACAAUUAUUUUUGCAUGUGUUUGUUCCUAAUAUUUCAGACCACAAGAUGAUAUUCCAGGAAAUACUGUAUUGUUAUACUGUACAAGUUAUAUAAUUAAUGAUUCUUAGGAAAUGGUCCUGGCCAGCCUGUAAAUCUACCUCCUUGGAACAGAAAGGUGAACCAAAUUGUUCCUCUCAACGUCUUUUUCAUGUACAAUAUUUAAUUAAUUGAAAUUAAAAAUAAGACUUGGUAUAUAUUUUUUCUUGAAUAUGACAUUUACAGUGUUUAUGUCUUGGUCAUAUAUUUAAGCGUUCUGCUGUUAUUGAAAAAUGUGUUACUGUUUGAAUACUUUGGUAAUUCUGAAUUAAAAAGAAAAAAAUGUUGCGUUAACAUUAGGACAAAAUCUGGUUUAGUUUUGUCUUAUCUCUGUCUAAUGCCCAAUAGAAGUUUUCUCUGAAUGUGAAGCUUUCCUGAACUGUUUCUGUUCCAGUUAUGGUUCUAGAAGCUUAGAUUUUAUUAUUAAAAGGAUGAUUAAUGAGUGAAAUUGAGUUUUAUGAAUAAAACAAAUCAACACAUUGGUAUUAA